CGGAAGGCGGGGACGCGAGCUGUUUCGAACGCCCGGCGUUCGUUCGUUCGUCCGUCCAGUGCCCGCCGAGAGCCGGCUUGGCGCCGCAUUCAAAACUGCUCGGUGGCUCUGGAAGGCCGGGAGAGACUACUCUGUGCCGCGGCCCCGGGCCGUUCUUGGAGGUCCUUGGCAGCGGUUUACACUGCGAAUUAAGAAGCUUCUGCGUCCUCUGAAUCAAACGCCAAGACCAGACAAGCAAAACAACAAACAAACCCCCCCAAAAUUCAGAUGUGCAUGUGAUGUAUUUGGUUAUUAGCGGCUUCUAGCGUUUUCCAUACCGUUAAAUCCUUAGUCCUGCCCGUGGUUGACUUAAGGAGACAUACAGUAUGAGGCAUGUUCUUUGUACAUGUAGAUGCCAUCUUUGGACCUAAUACCUGAUUUUCCUUCUUGAAAGAAGUGUAAUUGCUUUACAGUGGAAACUAGAAUUUGGAUUAAUAAUACUACAUGCAUAGAAUAUAUGAUUUAUAUAUCUUGCAGACAAAAGGCAACGCUCUCUUUUCUUCAACGACCAGACCUUCCAAGUUUGGCUUAUAAGAAGCUAAAAGGCAGAAGCCCAGGAAUUAUCUUCAUCCCUGGCUAUCUUUCUGAUAUGAAUGGUAUAAAGGCACUGGCAAUUGAAGAGUUUUGCAAAUCUCUAGGUCACGGCUAUAUAAGGUUUGACUACUCGGGAAUUGGAAAUUCAGAUGGUAACUUAGCAGAAUGCACAGUGGGGAAAUGGAGAAAGGAUGUACUUUCGAUACUUGAUGAUGUAGCUGAAGGACCACAGAUACUGGUCGGAUCUAGCUUUGGAGGAUGGCUCAUGCUGCAUGCUGCAGUUGCACGGCCUGAAAAGGUUGUAGCUCUAAUUGGUAUAGCGACUGCUGCAGAUGACCUGGUGACACAGUUCCAUGCACUUCCUGUUGAGGCGCAGAAGGAAAUAGAAGUGAAAGGGGAUUGGUCCUUACCAUCUAAGUACAACAAAGAAGGAUUUUACAGCAUUCCGUACAGUUUCAUUAAAGAAGCAGAACACCAUUGCUUGUUACAUAGCCCCAUUCCUGUGACCUGCCCUGUGCGGUUGCUCCAUGGCAUGAAGGACGACAUAAUUCCUUGGCACACGUCUCUUCUGGUUGCUGACCGAAUAGUCAGCCCAGAUGUAGAUGUCAUCCUCCGGAAGCACGGUGACCACAGGAUGAAGGAAAAAGCAGAUAUUCAGCUGCUUACUUGCACUAUUGAUGACUUGAUUGACAAGCUUUCAACUAUGGUUCACUAGAAUCACAUUGUGACUGGUAUACACAUCCAGAAGAUUGAAAGAAUGGUAUUAAAUCACAGACCCAGAUACAUUAGAAUUUUUCCUCUCACUCUUAUUUUGUAAAUAGCUGAUAAAUAUUUAUUUAAUGAUGUCUUUGCACAAAUACACAAAUUGUGACAAUAGUAUUAACUGCUGUUUGAAAAAUUUUGUCCUUUCUUUUAUCUUUGAUAUUUUUUCCAUUAAAAUAGUACCUAUUUUUUUAUUCAAGAGAUAUUUACCUUUCGUAUGCAUACUUUAGCUGUGCCAGCUCUUAAUUGUCUUCCCGUCUACAAUAAAGCUUGAAUAUUUUGGGUUUUGUUUGGUACCAUUAUAUUGGAAGUUUGUAAAAUUCUGAUUUUAAAGUGCAAUUCACAAAAUAGAGGAAGAUGUUUAUUGCACUAAAUUUGAAUGAUUCUAAAAAAUGUCUAAAGCAUAAUAAAGUUGAAAAAAUGAGGAUUCCU